AAUUGCGGAUUUGCCACUCGCCUUCCCGGCUGUCUGAAGAAACGCUUGCUGAACCAGAGCAAGCUCGCUUUUGCUCCUCCGCUAGCGCCGAUGGCUUCUCUCCAAGCGCACCAGCUCAAUCUCCAAUUCCACCAUCGCUUCUCCCCGCUCUCUCCGAAGCGCAGAGCCUUGAGGAGGGUCCUCGGGCUCUCGCGGCGCCCUCCGGCCUCGUUUGCCCGGAGAAUUAGGGCGCCGGAGCUUCCGGAAAGUCGCGGGGGCAGGGAUGGGGGGAGGAGCUCGUUCGAGUGCUGCUGCCAAGCCAGCAGCGCGGAAGUCGCGAAGGUCGAAGUCUCGGAGGAGAACGAGCGACGACCGUUCGACCUCAACCUCGCUGUCAUCCUCGCCGGUUUCGCCUUCGAAGCCUACACCACUCCUCCUCAAAACAUUGGAAGGCGAGAAGUGGAUGCUGCGGGUUGUAAGACAGUGUUUCUUUCAGAGUCAUUUGUCCGCGAAAUAUACGACGGUCAGUUGUUCGUAAAGCUCAAAAAGGGUAUCAAGCUUCCUGCCAUGGAUCCGUGGGGGACAAGUGAUCCAUAUGUAGUCAUGCAAUUGGAUGGUCAGGUUGUGAAAAGCAAGGUCAAAUGGGGGAAGAAAGAGCCAACAUGGAAUGAGGAAUUCACUUUUAACAUUAAGCUCCCUUCGACUAAAAACCUCCAGGUGGCAGCUUGGGAUGCAAACUUGGUAACUCCACACAAGCGAAUGGGUAAUGCAGGAAUCUGUUUGGAGCUUCUGUGUGAUGGAGAUUCACAUGAAAUGGUUGUGGAAUUAGAAGGAAUGGGUGGUGGAGGGAAGAUACAGUUAGAGGUCAGAUAUAAAAGUUUUGAUGAAAUUGAUGAGGGAAAGAAGUGGUGGAAGCUCCCAUUUGUUUCAGAGUUCCUCAGGCAAAAUGGGUUUGAGUCUACUUUGAAAUCAAUUGUUGGGUCUGAGAGUGUGCCGGCUCGGCAGUUUGUUGAAUAUGCUUUUGGGCAGUUGAAAUCCUUUAAUGAGACAUAUCCUUGGAAGGAUAAGCUUUUAAAUAGUGGUAAAUAUGUAGCAGAAGGGGAAUCGGUCAAUGCCACUGCUGCACCUGAGAAGUCUUCAUCUGUAGAUGUUCCAUCGCUGAAUGACCAGAGCCUGAAUGAAGAGAACAUUGUUGUCGAGUCUUCCCCUGAUUCAACUGGAUUUGAGAAUGCUAAUGGAGAAAAAAUGCUAGUUGGUGAAUCCAUACAGUUUGACAAACAUUUCUGGAAGAACUUUGCAGAUGUUAUCAAUCAGAAGGUUGUACAGAAACUUGGUCUUCCUGUCCCUGAGAAUGUAAAAUGGGAUGGUUUUGAUGUACUAAAUAAGAUUGGCAUACAAUCCCGGAAAGUUGCAGAAGAAGGUUACGUUGAAUCUGGGCUUGCAACGCCAAGUAGCCAAGAUAUUGAUGAUUCCGCAGAGAGCGGGCCACUUCUAAGAAGUGCAAUUCAGUCUUCAAUUCCGGAUAUAAAAAAAGUGACACAAGAUUUGUUGCAGCAAACUGAUUCUGUUUUGGGGGCAUUGAUGGUUUUGACUGCGGCAGUUUCUCGGCUAAAUAAGGAAGCGCGUUCUAUGGAAAAGAAUGAUAAUAAAAUGAAAAGUGAUGGUUCUGUGUAUUCUAAGAGUGAGAAUCUUGCAGUCUCAUCAGACGUAUCAUCAUUGGAUGAAAAGAAGUCGGAGGAGAUGAAAACUCUUUUCUCUACUGCAGAAAGUGCCAUGGAAGCCUGGGCGCUGCUUGCCACUUCUCUUGGUCAUCCUAGUUUUGUUAAGUCUGAAUUUGAGAAAAUUUGCUUCCUAGAUAACGCAUCCACUGAUACACAGGCAGCAAUCUGGCGUGAUUCUGCACGAAGAAGAUUAGUUGUUGCAUUUAGAGGAACAGAACAAUCAAGAUGGAAGGACUUGCGGACUGAUUUGAUGAUGGCCCCUGCUGGUUUGAACCCUGAAAGGAUUGGUGGAGAUUUCAAGGAAGAAGUUCAAGUUCACAGUGGCUUUUUAAGUGCAUAUGAUUCAGUGAGAAUAAGAAUUUUAUCACUCCUCAAAAUGGCAAUCGGUUUUGUGGACGAUGGUUGUGAGCCACAGUACAAGUGGCAUGUCUAUGUUACUGGUCAUAGUUUAGGUGGUGCUCUAGCUACUCUCCAUGCUCUUGAGCUUUCAUCCAGUCAAUUAGCAAAGCAUGGAGCAAUUUAUGUGACUAUGUACAACUUCGGAUCUCCUAGAGUUGGUAACAGGAGAUUUGCAGAACUCUAUAAUGAGAAAGUGAAGGACAGCUGGAGAGUUGUGAAUCACAGGGAUAUCAUACCGUCAAUUCCACGCCUGAUGGGUUAUUGCCACGUGGCCCAACCCAUCUAUCUAGCAGCAGGAGAUGUUAAGGAUGCCUUGGUAAAUGUGCAGUCCUUGGCUGAUGGUUACCAAGGUGACUUCGUUGGUGAAGCCACGCCAGAUGUUUUAAUUAGUGAAUUUAUGAAAGGUGAAAAGGAACUCAUAGAAAAGAUAUUGGAAACUGAAAUAAACAUAUAUCGUGCAAUUAGAGAUGGAAGUGCGCUGAUGCAACAUAUGGAAGAUUUCUAUUACAUCACUCUGCUCGAGAGCGUCAGAUCAAAUUACCAAACUGCGGAAAGGCUGCAGACAAGUGACGAAGCAACAGACAGACAGCUAAAUGCUUAACAGCAUGCACGCCGUGAUGAUGCAUGCAAAUAUCCAUUCCUGGGAAGCGGCUGUAGCAGCUGGAGGAAUUGCAAUCGCCGAUGGCGCUUAUUUCGGCCCUUAGCUCGAACGGUCGAACCGAACCGAGUAGGCCGUUUCGUGCCAGGCCCGAGAUGGUUCGGGUUUUGGGGCCCAUACGAGUUCAUGUUUUUUUUAAUAGGGCUUAGAGUUAAGAAACUUGAAAGGCCCGGCCUGACCCGACCCAAAGAUAAAAUAUCAAAACUUUUAGGUUGUCAAUAGUGUCAAUAUCAUUCCGACCAAAAAAAGAAAAUGUCAACCGAGGCCUAUGGAUAUUGGUAGGUUUUUUUUUUUUUUGGUGGGGGAAAAUAUAAAUGGUUUUGUCAGUCGUGCGGCAAACCCAUACUUUAACUUAUAUUUGUAAAAGUGAUUAUAAAUGAAUCAGUUUAAAUUU